AUGUCCGCCACCAUCCCCGCCCAGUUCACCGGCCAGGCCGCGCUCAAGAAGCAGGACCCCAAGAACUUUGACCUCCACGAGACCAAGUACACUCCCCGCGCGUUCACCGAGGAGGAUGUCAUCAUCAAGAUUGACGCGUGCGGUGUUUGUGGCACCGACCUCCACGUCAUGACCUGCGGCUGGGGCGAGCACGACCAGUUCCCCGCGAUCACUGGCCACGAGAUUGUCGGCCACGUCGUCCGCGCGGGCAAGAACUCGACCCACGCCGUCGGCGACCGUGUCGGUGUCGGAGCCCAGGGCGCCUCGUGCGGCGAGUGCGUCAACUGCAAGAACCACGAGGAGCCCUACUGCAUCAAGGGCUGGGUCGGCACCUACCAGGGCCCCACCGGCGACGCCGUCCAGCCGUACACCCAGGGCGGCUAUGCCGACUACUACCAGGGCCCGGGCCACUUCGCCGUCAAGAUCCCCGACGGCAUCCCCUCCGAGGUCGCUGCGCCGCUCCUGUGUGCCGGCGUGACCGUCUACGCUCCUCUCUCGUACUACGGCGCCAAGGCUGGAAAGAAGGUCGGCAUCAUCGGUAUCGGCGGCCUGGGCCACCUCGGCGUCCAGUUCGCCAAGGCCCUCGGUGCCGAGGUCUACGCCAUCUCCCACUCGGACCGUAAGCGCGCCGACGCGGCCACGCUCGGCGCGACCGGCUUCAUCAACACGCACGACGGCGCCGAGAAGGUGCUCGCCGAGCACGCCGCCAGCUUCGACAUGAUCCUCUCCACCUCGGACCAGGACGACAUGCCCCUCAACGACCUGUACCUCCCCCUCCUCAAGGCCCGCGGCCAGUUCAUCUCGGUCGGCCUCCCCAACGACGGCCUCCCCCGCAUGGGCUGGUCGCUCCUCGGCAAGACCGUCACCGGCAGCCUGAUCGGCUCGCCCAAGGAGAUCGAGGACAUGUUCAAGCUCGCUGUCGAGAGCAACAUCCGCCCCUGGAUCGAGACCCGCCCCAUGUCCGAGGCGACCCAGACCGUCAACGACAUGUACGCCGGCAAGGCCAAGUUCCGCUACGUCCUCGUCAACUAG